AUGGCUGCUAAACUGACAGAGAGGUCCAUCAAAUGGCAGCUUUGUUAUGACAUAUCAGCCAGGACGUGGUGGAUGGAUGAGUUCCAUCCCUUCAUCGAGGCACUUCUUCCUCACGUCCGUGCCAUCGCCUACACGUGGUUCAACCUCCAGGCCAGAAAGCGCAAGUACUUCAAGAAGCACGAGAAGCGGAUGUCCAAGGACGAGGAGCGCGCGGUGAAGGACGAGCUCCUGAGCGAGAAGCCCGAGGUGAAGCAGAAGUGGGCGUCCAGGCUGCUGGCCAAGCUGCGGAAGGACAUUCGGCAGGAGUACCGGGAGGACUUUGUCCUGAGCGUGACGGGGAAGAAGCCCCCAUGCUGCGUGCUGUCCAACCCCGACCAGAAAGGCAAGAUCCGCCGGAUCGACUGCUUGCGGCAGGCCGACAAGGUUUGGCGGCUGGACCUGGUGAUGGUCAUCCUCUUCAAAGGCAUCCCUCUGGAAAGUACAGACGGCGAGCGCCUGGUCAAGUCUCCGCAUUGCACCAACCCAGCACUUUGUGUCCAGCCACACCACAUAACAGUAUCAGUCAAGGAGCUGGACUUGUUUCUAGCAUACUAUGUCCAGGACCAAGACUGGCUGAAGUCACCACUUUGUUUGCCAGACAAAUAA